AUGAGAGACUGUAGUUUAGAAAUUGUACAAGUUGACACUUACUCCCCAUCCGGUCGACCUGGCAGCAGCACCAUCAGCUACAUCAAGACCACCAUCACCGACCCGAACAGUGCCACCAAUGCCACGGCAAACUGCAACAUCGAAUGGGACGGUCUAACCAAGGGCGAGAUGCCAUAUGACACAGCGCUCGAAUGCACGCCAGUACAAGAUGGAUUGUGGGAAUUCGAAGUGUUGCGAGCAGACCCAGGCGACUCGGAGAGACCAUCCAUCAGUAACUUCAUUCUCCGCUUCACGCGCAUGACCAACGGCGGUAAUCUCUACGUCGGCUCCGUCACUCUCUCUCAACAGCGGAGUGGACCGCCCGAGUCUACUCCAGUCCGCGUGACUCCCAAAGAAAUUGGGAACAGGGCCGUCUUGAAGGAGGAGUACACUCCGGUGGUGGUGGUGCCGGAGUAG